AUGGCGCCUGUAAUUGGCUUCUGUUUGGGACAAGUUCAUGUCCUGUUUCAGGCAUAUAUAUACUGUGACUUUCUUCUCUGUGUAACUUCUCUUAUUUAUUUCAGAAAUGAGGGUUCAUUAACAUCAACUUUAAGAACACUUCUAUUCUUCACAGCUCUAAUGAUUACAUUACCCGUUGGGCUAUAUUUUUCAUCAAAGGCUUAUAUAUUUGAAGGUACCUUAGGAAUGUCCGACAGAGACAGCUAUUUUUAUGCUGCCAUAGUUGCUGUAGUUACUGUUCACGUGGUACUUGCUCUCUUUGUAUAUGUAGCGUGGAAUGAGGGUUCUCGACAGUGGCGGGAAGGCAAACAGGACUAGAACAAAGAUCAUCAUUAUCAUCUGAUGCCUACAGACUGUAAAUCAAAUUUUUGUGAGCUUGAAGGAAAACUGUUCUUCAAAAUGUAUAAUACCCAUGUACAAAGAUGAGGUUGAUGCCUCAACUCUGCUUAAGAAAUAAGACUUGUGCUCAUCUUGAAUGUGUACCAGUGUUUUCUCUAAUGCUGAUGGAGGUUGUUCUUUAGCCAGCCUCUAUUAGGUUGAGCUGAGGAGGUCUUCACAUGGAAUUAGAAUGAAACAAUUACAUAUGUUUGAAAAAAUCCUGUAGCUGUUUUUGCCAUUCCUAGUAUUUUUCUGGCUUGCUCUGAAAAUAAUACUGGCAUGAAGCAAGCAUUACACUUUUGAGUAAUUAAACUGCUAGUUAAAAUAUUAAAUUAUUAAUGUUUCCAGUACAGAACCAAACCACAGCCCCAUACUGGCUACUGUGAAGAAAAUUAACUCUACCCCAGCCAAGACUGGCACAGCAGGACAGACAUAAAUAAUAUAUUUCUGAGGUUAUAAGUAAUUGCAAAACCAGAUUUGGUUAGAAACUCAGGUGAUGUCUCUAACGUGAAAUACAAAGGGUUUUUUUGUUUUCAAAUGUAAUUUUUUUAUUACAGUGUAAAAUGCAAUCUUUAGUUUCCUUUUGGGAGGAUUAUUGUAUUACUGCAUUGCUCAUAUUUCCACUUUUCUAUAGUUAAUCCUGAUGAUGCAAAGGAAAUGGCAUAGCCUGUUUUUUUAGAUGUCUUUUCAUUUAUGUAUCUCCUUUGAUAAUAUCUAAAGGAUGUAGUUGGGUUUUCUGCAGUAGUAUCAGUAACAGCCAUAAGCCAGUCUAGUGGCUAGUAGAGAAACAAGCAAGAGAAAACAAGCUGUAGCCAUCCUCAAACAUCCUUUAUGAAGCAAACACAAGAGUGAUCACAUGGAAAAUUUGCUUCUCUUCAGAAAUAUUAACUUGUACACUGUGAAAUGAUACACUAUGUUGAUUGGUUUUUUUUCCUUGGUUGUGUGUAGAAAAUGGCUGUAGCUAAGGCACAGUGACAUUUUUGUGUUGUAGGAUAACCUGGAUUUCAUUGCACUGUUGUGCUGUUGUUAGCAAGCUUUUUGGUCUGUAGAUAAAACAUUUUCCUAAGGUUCCAGCAAUGCAUAGAACUUUCCUAACGCUGAUGAUUGCUCUUAGGCCGUUGUUCUUGAGGUCGUUCUGUUGAGUUUUCCUGUUUGCUGUAUUAGUUGAGCCUUUUUAGGAAGUGUUUUGCUUAAUAUAGGGCUUGGAAUGGUUUUGGUGCUGCAUUUGUCCAUGGUAAAACUUAUCCAUAAAGGAGACAAAAAUCAGUUAUCCAUGCCUAGUGGCUUGAGGAAUGUGUUCCCAGAUCUUACUCCUCUCAUCUCCAUCCUGGUCCCAGGUGUGCACAGGCAUAUAUACUAUAUUACACUAAUGCAAAUCAGUUUUUUGCGUUUUGUUUCUGAAGCGUUAACUUUUCUCCUCCGGAAGCCCAUUGUUAGGUUGCUGCCAGCAAACUGGUGAACGGUCUCAUAGUACUUGAAAUACAAAUAUAGUUUGUACGUUGGCAUAUUGGCUUCCUGUUUUCCAGUCUAUGGACUGUACAUUGUAGAACAAAUACUGCCUUUUAAUAAAGAAUUACACUGCAAUACAAGAUCUGGUAAACAAGCAUGUGUGCUGAACAGUUUUUUGGAUAAUCUCUUCAAUAUUGCUCAUGUAUAGUACAGCUUACAACAAAGCGAUCAGCUAUAGCACUGUACAGUGGCUUUUUUUACUCCAUUUGUAGUGG